AUGAAUUUACGAUAUCAGGAAACGUUUUGUAUAAUAUUUAUACUAUGCACCAGUAUUACCCUCGGGGAGGACUUUGACUUCGUGCCGGAGACGAACGACGAUGUGGAGCCGAUAGCAGCGGAGCCGACGAAACUAGAUAGCCAAACGAAACUAAUUUACCCAAAGGCCACCGGACGAUGUCUGCCGACGGAGAGCACGAUCACGCUGUCGCUGGGUUUGAAGUCCAAGAACUGGAAGCACGUCCAAGCGAGCCUCAAGCAGCGCACAAUCACUAAGCUGGCCGAAUAUUUUCUAGUGCCCGAGGAAUCUUUCAUUGUUCAGAACGCCAAGAGCGCCGAGCUGCAGCGAAUGGUGGAAAAGGCUCUCCACCAUGGGAAGAAACCGGCACAGUCGGGAAAAUCGUUGGGAUGGAUUGGAUUUCCGGUCGGCUGUGGAGAAAAGAUGUCCACCAGUGCCAAGGAUACGGUCCGAAAUCUUAACACACAGCUAGCGGACAUUCGGGACCUCACCGGGAUGGACUUUGGCUGGUGGGUCAUCUGGAAGGAUCAACCGAAGCAGGACGCCAGGAUUAAGAGGGAGGUAGAGGAAGAGGAUGACUACAACUACGAUUAUGAUGAUGAGGAACCGGCCGGUGAUGACGAAGGCGAAACAACGGAAGUUCCACACGCUCACCGACAUCACCACGGUUCCAGCGAGUACAGCACUAAAAAUGCGCACAUCGUACCGACCCACGCCACUAACAAGCAUACUAACAAGAAAAGCGGUCACCACACGACGGUCGGUGAGGGUGGAAAACUCGCGCCAAACGGCGCUACGGUGGUGGAGCACCGGCCCAAGUCUGCCCCUGCGACGACCACCAGCACCCAAGUGCCACCCAAGCGGAAGCAUAGCCACGGACUGUAUGAUCAGGUAAAGGAACGGUCGGCCAAGAAGCAUGCUGCCGCCGCCCACGACCCGCAGAAACAGGCGGCACGGGUCGAGGGGCACACGGAAGCACCGACCAGCGGUGGAAGCGGUUUUACACCGCCCGACCUGCGGGAGAGCGUGUCGCAGCUCGAGUCGACCAUCAGCAAAACGAUCGCCAACAACGAGCAGCUGAAGCAGGAGGAAGAGAAGCUGCUGGCGCGCAAGGCCAAGCACAAGCACAUCGACAUCGAGCGGAUCGUGGAGACGGAGCUGCUGAUGCCGGAACUCGAGCGCCUGCAGGACGAAGUAUUCCGGGACGACUACGUGAUCGAGGACGUGGUGAAGGUACCGAAGUUUUACGACUUCACCACCAGCCCGGACCGGGAGACGACGGUGGACGUAAAGGAACGCAAGGACACAUCGGCACCAAAAGCCAUCAUCACCAGCACUACCACGAGUGUAAGACCUCCCACCAGCGUGACGGAGAAGAAGACUACAACCAACAACCCUAUCGCUACCUCAACCGUGCCGCAAACGACACCGGGAAAACCGACCGUGCUGCUGACAACGGCUAACGAAGCAACGGUCACGACAAUUACGAGCACACCUGUGGCCAUCGGCUCAACCGCACAAUCGCUCGCAACGACCACGAAGCAGCCGCCGGAACCGGAAGUCACGCCGCUGGUCGGCCCGGGUCCGGAUGAGCUCAUUGAGACAGCAGCUCGUACGCUUCCACCUUCGGCAACCACCACGAUAGUGCCACGGAAGAAGGACACCAUUAUCAUUACAACGACAUCGAUUCCGGCAUCGAGCAUCAAUGGUGAACCGACGGCCACAUCCGCUCGCAGGGACACACCCCGGGUGGUGUCCUUCGAUCUGUCAACCAUCGCAACGACAGCCAUCGCAACGACAGCCGUCAAAACCGCCAGCCCAACGACGACCACCCGGCCGGUGGCUUUUCCUUCGCCGAGAAAACCCUCGCCCGCUUCCGCUACUAACACUCGCUCCGCUAACAUUGUCGCUUCCGUUCCCUCGGUGAAGAACGAUGAAGCCGCUACGGAGAGCACCUCGAGCGAUCUAAGAAAUGAUUGGUUUGAAAGGGACGUCAAGAAGCCAACAACGACGAUAUCGACGGUGCCGCCGUACGAAUCCUCACCGACACCAUUGCCAUCGACCCCAAGCACCACCACAUAUCAAGCUCAAUGGAGCUCGGGAAAUCAAUUGGACGAUGAUGUCGAUUCGAAACUAACGCCACCGGUCAAUUCCGAGCCUCCAUCGAGUAGCACUAGUUCGGCCAGUAGUAGUAGUGCCACUAACCCUCCCUGGACCGGUGGGCGAGCGAUCACCACGGCCAGCAGCGUGCCACUGACGACGGCCCGGCCUAAGGAGCUGCAGCAUGCUGCACAGCGUCCCUUCGGGCUGCUCGACGGAGAAGAUAUCGCCGAGAGCGAAGAGCAGUUCCUGAACCAGGAGGACGAGGACGAGCUCGACGAGGACGAGGAAGACUACUUCUCGCAAGGGACCACCACCACAACGACCCAGCGAACCGUAUCGUCCUAUACGACGCCGAAGCAGGAUAAUGCGGUCGAUGAGAAGGAAGUGGAGUACGAAAACUACGACGACGAGUACGACGACGAGGAGGAGGAGGAUUCGGGACGGGACUCGGAGGUGACCACCAUCGUUCCAGUGAACGAACCACGGAAUGUUCCCUCAACCACCGAGCGGGUGGUUCCAGCAUCGACUGAGCCUGCCACUUCGCCAAUCACAACGACACCGGAGGCAACAACGACUACUACCACCACCACUACCACCACCACCACGACCACAACAACCACUCCUGAGCCAACGACGACCACCUCAACCACCGAGGCUACCACGACGACAACGACCACCGAACCUCCAACAACGACGACGACCACCACUUCCACCACCACCAUGGCCACAACGGAACUGGACGAGCCGACCAACAUGCCACCGAUCAUCCGGAAUCGCAUCCCGAAGCAGGCUAUUAUUGCUGGCAAGGUGUACAUCUACCAGGUCCCGCUGGAAACGUUCUUCGACAACGAAGAUGGUAACAACCUGCAGCUGGAGCUGCUGGACGGAAGGGAGCAGCCGCUCAAACACAACUCCUGGAUUCAGUUCAACCCAGAUACUAAAGAAAUCUAUGGCCUACCCCUCGAGAAGGACGUGUCCAAGUGGCCAUACAAACUGCGCGCAACAGACUCGGGCAACCUCAGCGUCACGGAAACGAUUGAUAUUUCCGUGCAGCAGCACAAAUCGCACCGCAGCGUCAACCACGAGAUCAGCCUGGCCGUUCGGCUGAACAGGAAGUUCGCCAAAAACACCGACUGGCAGAUCGAGACGAUCCGCGGUAUUGCGAACGUGCUGGGCGAUGUGACGCUCGGCAACAUCGUCGUGCGUGACAUCCGCAACAGCAUUCAGGACCCGAGCAUGGCCACGUUCGUCUACACGAACGAUACGCUCCCGAAGGAUCGCUGCCCGGAGGAGAAACUGGACGAGCUGGUGGCGCUGCUGACCGAGCAGGCGCUCAACGAUGCCCUCAAGCCGGACAUUAUGGUUAAAUCGGUGCAGGGGCAGCAGAUUGCCCAGUGUUCGAAGCCGACACUGCCGAAGGUAAAACCGACGCCCAGAAUGUCGCGCAAUUUUGCGCCGCAGACGCGCAACCAGGUCGACAAGGUGAACGCGACCGUUGGCCAGCUGCUGGUGUACAAGGUGCCGGCGGAUACCUUCUACGAUCCGGAGGAUGGCAGUGAUCUGAAGAUGAAGCUGCUGACGACGGAACGUCACACGCUGGAUCCACUGCACUGGCUACAGUUCGACCCCAAGAACCAGGAGUUCUACGGCGUUCCCCGACCGAACGACGUCGGUCAGAAGGAGUAUCUGCUGAUGGCCGAAGAUCGCGAAGGACUAACGGCGACGGAUGCCCUGGUGGUGUACGUUAACCAGCCCCAGCACAAGCGCGACCUCAGUGUCCUGUUCGAGCUGACGCUGGACAUCAGCCACGAGCAGUUCAGUAUCGCGCAGGUGCUACGCCGUUUCAUCGAACGACUGGCCCAGGUGUUCGGCGACGCAACGACGCACUACAUCAAGAUCAACCACAUCCGGCCCAUCCACCACACCGGGCAGGUGCAGGUGUCCUUCUUUAACACCUCCCUCAACCGGCAGCACCAACGCUGCCCGAACGAGGAGAUCGAAGGACUGCGCAACAUCCUGCUCCACCAGGACAGCACGAUUCGGGCGAAGGUGCGCGACGUCCUCGGUCAGGAGUUUAGCCUGCAGAACGUCAGCCUCGUGCCGAUGGACAACUGCCAGGGACUGGACACACCGCAUCACGCGACCAGCGAACCCGAGAAAACCCUCCCACCGCCGAUCUCCAAGGACGACUAUCUGCUCACCUUCGUCUUACCGACGGUCAUCAUUCUCAUCAUGCUGCUGUUCGCGUUCAUUAUCGCCUGCGUGCUCUACAAGCGGCGACUGACCGGCAAAAUGGAACUCGAAUAUAUCAAUUUCAAACCAAUCGCCACCUCCUCCUCUUCGUCCCACCCACAAGGUACCGACGAAGAGCGUAAGUCGUUCCGGUCGAAGGGCAUCCCGGUGAUCUUCCAGGACGAGCUGGACGAGAAGCCGGAGAUCGGCAACAAGUCGCCGGUGAUACUGAAGGACGAAAAGCCGCCACUGCUGCCACCGUCCUACAGCAGUACCAACAACGAUGGUGAAAACGAUGACCUCGACGAGUACGUACCGCCGCCGGCCGUGGUGGUUGGUGGCCGCGAAUCGCGCGGAAAAUCGCCCGUCACCCCGUCCUACCGACGACCACCGCCGUACGUGUCCCCAUAG